AUGUCAUAUCCUGACUACCGUCUGCUUCCGGCGGAACGCUUGGAAACUUCAAUGUCAACAGCUUCGAUGACACUGAGCAUGCCCGCCAAUUUAUCUUUAACUACCUCUGUCCACCCCGUCCGCCACUGGUAUGCCUCGCUUGGCCACGAGUCGGGCGCGGCAUUCAUGGUGGGAAAGACUACCCGCAACAUCCGCAAGGCAAUGAAACCGGACCUGCAGGAGAAAUGCAAGAGUAUGUUUAACCGAGGUCCCAAUUACUGCUUGCCGGUACCCGGUGCGAACGGGCUCAAGUGGGAGAUGUUCUUCAACGAUGAGAAGAGUCGUAUACUCGUGCUUGAUGAGUUCAUGGGAUCGGAUAAAGUAGGCGAUAUGUAUCCAUACCAUCCAGAAGAUGAAGAUCUCACUAUCUCUCGGUCGCAUGAUAACGGUCAAACAUCUGGCAAAUCUGCCCCUGCCCCUAAAAAGAGGCCUUUUCCAGAUUACCGCCUGGUAUAUUUCUUGACUGACCAAGAGCUAAUCAACAUUCACAAAGCCUGCGGCGGAACGCUUGGAAACUUCAACGUCAACAGCUUCGAUGAUACUGAACAUGCCCGCCAAUUUAUCUUUAACUAUCUAUGUCCACACCCCGUUCGCCACUGGUAUGCCUCGCUUGGUCACGAGUCGGGCGCGGCAUUCAUGGUGGGAAAGACUACCCGCAACAUCCGCAAGGCAAUGAAACCGGACCUACAGGAGAAAUGCAAGAGUAUGUUUAACCGAGGUCCCAACUACUGCUUGCCAGUACCCGGUGCAAACGGGCUCAAGUGGGAGAUGUUCUUCAACGAUGAGAAGAGUCGUAUACUCGUGCUUAAUGAGUUCAUGGGAUCGGACAGGGUGGGUGACCUGUAUCCGUACCGUCCUGAAGGAGUGGAUAAUGCUGUCGCCUUCGAGAAGGCUUGCGUGCCAACUUAA